AUGAGAUGGGAUAACUUAGAAACUAUUUCGUUUAAACAUUCAAUUAAAAGUCGCGGAAAUUUGCCAUCCUUUAACUCGAAGAAAGAAAUAAAAGUUAAAAAGUCGGUAUGUUGUCAUCAGAAUAACUCAAAAGUAACAACAUACUAUACGCAAUCGCCAAAAAACCGUGGAAUGUUAUUGUUGAUUAAUAACAUUGACUUUAGGGACAAAGAAAGAAAAAGAUGGGGCGCUAUCGUUGAUCAAGAGAAUAUUGUAAAACUGUUUACACAACUCGGUUUCGAUAUUGUUGAAGAAAAAAAUAAAACCAAAUCAGAAAUGGAGGAAAUCGUGAAAUCGUUCGCAACUAAUCAAAGUUUGGAAAAAUACGACAUGUGUCUUACUAUUUUUAUGAGUCAUGGUGCAAAAAUAAACGGAGAAACCGUGAUUGAAAGUAUUGAUGAAGAAAAUUUAAGUACAAAAUGGAUUGUGGAACAAUUUUAUGGGGAUAAUUGUAAAGGGAUGAUUGAUAAACCGAAAAUUUUUAUUUUUCAAUGCUGUAGGUAA